AUGUCUGAUUCGAACUCCAUCAGCCUUUUGAUCCCUCCCGAGUCCUCACCAAGACCUCAAAAUCUGCAAACUCAGAUCCAACAGAUCAUCGCACAAAAAGGGCAUUUCCGCCAUGUCACUGAACGUUCUCUUCUCGCCGAGAUCCAGGGCAAAGCCGCUGUGCCAGACGCAACCCAAGCUGGCGAGGAACACGGGUCUCAAGGCGAAGAAGAUUCUCCUGAGAAGCGCCAGGAGCGCGUUUGGAAGCGCAGGGAUGAGAUGCUGGAGCGUCUAAACUACGCACAAAACGAAGUCUUGUGCGCCCUGGACUUUGUGUCUUUCCUGAUUUCUCAGCAGUCAGUUCCCGCUCAACAUUCCAUGUCGCCUGCUCUUCAACAAGCCGUUCCUGUGGGAACAUUGGCCUCCCGAGUUCUCAAGGACAAGCCCGUGCCUGCUUCUACGAAACGGCGGCUGGCCUCUGUCUCUCAGGGUUGGAGGUCUGAGGGCUUCCAGUCCGCCUCGAAGAAGCUUGCCGCAGCUUCUGUUCGCCUUCAGAAAGAGGCAGAGCGCGAGGCAGAGUAUUGGCACCAGGUUGCCGAUCUGACUAGCAAAGGAUGGCCGGUUUCGCGACUUCCGCGAGACCGGAAGGCCAUUGGCGUACAUUUCGGAUUUGUCGAAUCUGCGCCCCAAUUCCGUGAUCGAGGCUUUGCUCUUCUUCGCCAGGCAGAUGAUGGCUCGAUCGUUCUGGACCGACAGAUUGGACUCAAGCAGCGCAGGCGGCUGGGCGUAUAUGUCGUCCGAAACGGCGUUAAAACAGGCGUUUUCGACUUUCAACCCCAUGGUCCGGUCAAUGUGACAGAACUCAAUCGAGACCUCAACAGCUACCGCAACGCCAUUUUCGAAGAAGAGUUAUUCUACGAGAUAUACCGCGAAGCCCGGCUUGUGGCCAACCAGGGUAUUACUACGCGUUCGCAGAGCGUUGAGAUUGACGUUGGUGGCAAAUACCAUUUGUUACUCGUGUCCUCCACUCAAACAGAGGAUGUGCCAUCUGCUAAUGCUGAAGACAAUUUGAUAGCUCAACUUGUGGCAGUGUCUCUGCGUUUGUUGUUGGCUGCUGCCCAUGAGCAGAACCUCACCAAGCGAUCGCAAAAGUCGCUGCCAAUGACCCUCAAAGCACGGCCGACCCCUGAGUACGCGCUGCUCCGACCUGUUUUAGCGCAUCUGCGGCAUCGUGCAGAAGCGGGGGCGUUUUGGGAUAAGUGCAAAACAUUACUCGGCGCCUUCAAACGAGCAAAUCUACCGAAUUCGGUGUCUGUGGAAGCCUCAAACACUGCCGUGUUCCAAGCCCUGAAGAUUGACACGCCGAACACCAUACUUUCAGACCUGAUGUUGCCCGUGAAAACCUGCUUCAGAAUACACAUGACAGCAGGGCGAAGCUUGCAGAUUGGGCUGGCCACGUUCCUUGGGCCACCUUUGUUUGGAUCUCGCUAUGAGAUAUCGUCGAUCGAUUUUGGAUUUGUCACUAUACCAUUAUCUCGGCACGAAACUAGCGAUGAGGCGUUGCUAUUUGUGAGACGCGUGUUGUCAUUGGAUCUCGUUGCGCACAGUGAGACACUGAUCGUGGCGAAGCAAUCCGUGACACGCUUGGAGUCGAACCAGAGCAAGCGAAUAGGAUGGACUGUCUCACAUCCGCACAACGGCGAGCUGAGCCUGUAUGAUGCUCAUGAAGCCAUUGAGAAGCUACAGGUUACGGUGCAACCAGAAGUUAUCGGCGUGAAACUGAGCCCAGCGAGAAGGAGAAGCAGAUUUCAGAAUAUGGUGUGGUCCUGGACAUCUACAGGAUGUUCCAAGACAGAGGGGGCUGUAACCAACGUGGAAUUGGAUGUCACCUUUGACGGAGCCAUAAAGGAAGCAAUGAAGAGCAGCAGCCAAAGAACCGGGAUCUAG